AUUCCGACUUGUGAUUCGUCCAAAGUACACCAAAGCCUAGGUGAAGGGGACGGAGAGCGAGGGGUGAGCCCUGGUGAGGAACCUGAAAGCCAGGUGAGGAGCGGAGGCUGACCGCAGAGGUUUGGAAGGAUGGCUGGCAUGGUGCUGGGAGUGGGUGCUGGCGUGUUCCUCCUCGCUCUGCUCUGGGUGUUGGUGCUGCUGCUGUGUGUGCUGUUAUGCAGAGCCUCUGGGAUAGCUAGGUUCUCCAUCAUCUUCGUCUUCCUGGGUGCUCUGAUCAUCACCACAGUUCUAUUGCUUUUCCCUCGAGCCAGUGAAUUCCCGGCCCCACAAGGUGAAAUGAAGAUUGUGGAUGCCUUUUUCAUCGGCCGCUAUGUCCUGCUGGCUUUUCUCAGUGCUGUCUUUCUUGGAGGCCUCUUCCUGCUUCUUACUCAUCAUGUGCUGGAGCCAAUCUAUGCCAAGCCACUGAGGUCCUGCUGAGCGUGGUAACGGAAGCACGGGACAUGUUGGCAUCAUGGAUGAUAAGCACAAAGGCACUCUCCGGAGCCUCGGCCACCUUCAUGUCUUCAGACUAGAGGAAUAACCAUUUGUUGCUAAGGCAGUCCUCCUGAGCCUUGGCCUUCAGAAACUCAGUAGCAAAGCAGAGUCCAUGGAUGUAAAUUGUCACCAUCAAGACAGGCACAACUGUCUUCUCAGAACCCACACUCAGGAUUUCUGUCUGUUUUGAAUGAAUAGCAGUGACAGUGAUCCGCCUUGGGUAAAUGUUCAGUCAAGCUGUGAGUAGUGGACUUGGGGGAAAGGAGUUUUGGGCUCUGUUGUCCAACAGAAGAAGCCGGUCCUUUUUAAUAACGUAUAAAUAAAGUUCUCAGUUGAGUAUUUGGAACCGUUUGGAAGAGAAAGGCACUCAAACAUGAAAUUGCUUUAAUGAGAUAGUAUGGAAGACGUAUGAGACAUCGUUUGUUGACCAUUCCUUAUGUGCAGUCCCACUGAGCUCUGUAAAGACAGUGUGUGGCACUGCCUGAGUUCCAACAACGCAAUAAACAAACUCAUGGCUACA